UGUUGGUUCCGAACUGCUUCGUAUAGCACGUACAGAAACGGUUGGAUUGCGGUCUCUUGCACCCCCAAACGAACAAUUCACGCGUGCGCGCGCAUUUUCUUAGCAACAAAUUAUCAACUGACCGGUGCGCACCUGUUCCGUGUCCUGGCAGAACCAUUUUUUUUUUGUUUUUUUUUCGGCUAUGCCUGGGGGAGUUCAGUCGAGUGGCUAGCCGCUGGAGUGGUGGACUAUCUUGACAGUGGAGUGUGUGAUGCGUCGUAAGUGCCUCUGACUGAUUGGAAUCGAACCCGUUCGAAUUUGGACAGAGUUUUACGCCCCCGUCUCCAGGCUAAUUACUUAUUCCGGAACGCGCGUGCUGCUGGGUGCUUUCAGUGAGUGAAGACGGUUUAGUUUUGGCGUUGAACGUCGCUAAGUAGAGUGAAAGAAAAAAAAGUGAGACUUCAGAUCGCCGUCUGGAAAAGGUGCUACAUUUACGGUUGGCACCACUUUGCCUUUUGCUUGGUGCGACGACGGUUACGAGGGGAUGCUACACCGUUGCGAGCAUCGAAGUAUGCUAUGAAUGACUUGGAUUUGUGUUGUUGUUUUUUUAAAGUUCGAUCUACUCAAAUCAACGGAGAAGAAAAGUAAGGGCGGCCAGCCGCUAAAUGAUUAUAAUGGUUGUUAGUGUUGUUGUUUAGAUUUGGCAGCCGAAACGACCAAAACGUGACAGUGGCCGGUGUCGGGUUGAAUGACGGACGGCAGUGUGCUUUCAUUGUGAAAUAUAGCGAGUUUAAAUUGUGUUAGAAAACUGUUUAUUUUAGUUAUGCACCCUGUGGAUAAUAAGGGAUUUAGGAAGUUAAUCUGUUAAGGAAAAAUAUAAUCCACAUUAUCGAUCGCAAAGUGACUCAGGCAACCACCAAACUGGAAUAAUCCGCUGCUAAGCAUGCAGCAGAACGUCCCGACGGACUCCGGUUCAGACCAAUUAGAGCGAUGAACAGUGCCGCCGUCGUCAGUCGGUUGAGUGCCAGCGCGUUGGUCAGUCGCCAUGCGCAGACUGCACCCACCGCGAUCGUCCCGAUGAAGCUCGGUGCAGGAGAGCUUCUUCAGCUACCGAAGGGCUCGAAAGAGCGCUGGAUGUUACCGGGCAAUUUGCACCAUUCGUUGCUGGUACCACGGGUCAGUGCCGAAGCGGCGGUUAGUGGAGACGAAGAGGUAGAUGAAGACGAGGAGGAUCGGAGCUCGCAGAGUGACGGCGAUGAGUCAUGCGGAACGGUUAGUGACUGUUCUUCCGAGGAGAUUCCGGUGUGGAUCAAGGGGGAGCAACGGUUCAUAUCGGGCGUUACGGAGGAAACGACCUGCGCGGAUCUGAUUGAGGCGUUAAUUCAGCAGGAUGGUGUGGCGUUGCCGGCCACCGCGGACCCAAAGGAUUACUGUAUCACGGAGCGCUGGAGGCAGGUGGAGCAGAUCUUGGAUAGCAAAACCAAAAUUUGGCAGAUUUGGUCGGCUUGGGGAAAGGAACAACCGGAGGUUAAAUUUAUUCUUCGCCGGGCGGAGGGAUCUCACGGGUUGGCCAUGGCGUCAACGUCCAUUGGUGCAGGUGCAACGGGCACCGAACGAGAUAAGGACAGUGGACGGGGCAGUCCAACCGGGAGCAUCAACAGUGCAAUAGUGCGUCGGAAGCGACACCGAGCGCAUAAAUCGUCGUUCGCUUGGAUGACCCACGGAACGACGAUUCAUCCCAAAUCGUCGAAAAACUCGAUCGAGCGUCUUAUGACACUGAUUCUCGAACAAGGCGACAUCAUUCAACAGCAGCUGACCAAGCUAAGGGACCGCGAGCUCCAAAUUAGCAAAAUCGAAGAAGACCGCCACCGGGUGCGAGAACGGGCGCACGGCAAGAACUACCUCCUGGAGACGUACCUGAAGGGUCUGUCGGAAGCGGCCGAAACGGCGGACCCGACCGCCGGCGAUAGUGGAAUAACAUCCGAAGCAACGACGGCGGCCUCGCCGGAAGUGGAAUCCUGUCGGGAUGCAGAGUCUCCAGGAGCAUCAGAGGAGAAAAACACCAGCCUAAAGGAUCAAAUCCAAAUGAUGGAGAAAAUUGUGCAGCUAAACAAGCAGAUAGUGAAAGAAGAGGAAAUGGCGGUGAAGCUGUACGAUCGCAUCCGACGCUGCCAGAUGGACAUUCCCAACCAAACGCCGGAACAGGUUGAGGAAAAUCUCUCCAAGGUUAACGCAAGCAUCGAAAAGAACCAAAGUGAACUGCAAAUGAUUGAUGAGUCACUGAAGCAGUCCGAGCUUGUCUUGCAGGAGAAGACGUUUUUACUGAAAACCCUGCAGGACCAACUGGACGAAGCCGAGACGGAAGCGAACGUCAUAAUGGAUUUUUCCGCACCCAAUCCGGUGCUGAGCAUAAGCAGAGGCAGUCCUGCGGCUGUCGUUGAGCCUCUAGGAUCGACCACCCCCAAACAAACAACCGCAGACGACAGUUACCCGAUAUUUACGAGCAAGGACGUACCGGAUCAAGCCCAAAAUGCCCAAACUUUGCCGCGAAACCAACGCUUUCCGGUGACCCCCCAAAGUGCUAUUCCGUCCAUUUCAGUUCACCAGAUUAAUAAGUUUAUCCAGUCCAACAGUAGAUUGGGAAACAACUGCAACACAAUGUUGGACGACAAAACCUGCCCGAAGCAGUUGUUCAACUCAGUAUUGGGGGCGCAGCCACAGCCCUCAGCUUCUGCGUUGUCUCCUGGUCCUGGUCAAGACAUACCUCCGGAUGAUGAUCUUUCUAACAUUGGAACGCUAGUUUAGGAAAUCAAAGAAAGUGCUCGAAUAAUUCGUUCAUCAAAUGCUUAGAUUAAGUCACACUCGAUGUAAGCGCAAAAACAAUCAUUCUUAUAACCAAACAUAUCACCUAAGAGUAGCCGUUAGGAUCGUUCAGUGCUGAGCUUGCGAUAUUUUUUUUUCUCUCAUAGCUUCCGUAGGAUUACGACGAAUUGUGUGCAGUUUUUUGUGUUUUGCUGCUAUUUUGUUUUCUAUGUUUAGUUUUUUUUUUUAGUUUUUUUGAUAAACUAGUCAUAGUAAGAUUUCAGUGCAUUUCUGAGGAUAAAUUCAUCAAAUAAACGUUUGCAACGAAUAAACUAAACGAACAACUCUAGAAGACAGGGCUAUUAGUGAAGAUGCAUAAAAUCAUCAUAUUCUCUAUAUUUAUGCUGGCGUUUGUCGAUUAGUUAUUUUGAGAUAAUAAAAAAACCCGAAGCUACCGGAAUACCAA